UUUAGUGUGUGCCAUUUUUCAGGUAAUUUUAUCAAGGAAUCAUGGUUAUAGCGAUACGGUUAGCACGACAUGGGUGUACCAACCGGCCGUUCUAUCACCUUGUUGCAAUCCAGCACAAACGAGCAAGAAACUAUGAGCCACUUGAACAGAUAGGAACAUUUGAUCCCAUGCCAAAUGCUGACAAUGAGAAACUUGUUGCUGUGAACUUUGAGAGGCUAAGGUACUGGAUGUCACAGGGAGCAAGGUUUUCGAAACCUGCAGCACGAUUGCUAGGGGUUAGUGGGUUUCUUCCUGUGCACCCCUACAGUUAUGUAGCAGCCUUGCGCAAUACACGAAUAUUGGAAGCAAAGACACAGGAUCAAAGUGUAGAGGCAAGCAAUGAUACAUCAUGACCACUGAAUGCUCACUGCCCAGUAAAUAUGAUUGAACACAGUAACGAUUUCAUUAGAUGGUCAAUGCUUAAAAACUGUCUGUCUGAAUCAGUGUAUUAUAACAUAGAACCCUGCAGACAUUAAGAAUGUCACCCUCCAUCUUAGUGUGUCAUGUUAGUAGUAUGUGAAACGCCCUUUCAAUAUAUAUGUUAAUGAUGGUAUAGUAAUUUAAAUUAUAUAAAUCCUAUACUUGCUUAUAAUCUGGCCUCACUCAAGAGCCUAGCUGAUUCAUCAGAAUAUGUUUAAUUCCACCAGGUAUUGUCAGAUGUCUAGUGUUCAAUUUACAGUGAAAUUGGUCAAUCUAUAAUCAUCAGGCAGGUGUCUGAUGUGUGUUGUAUGAAUGUAUAGUUUCUCUGAAUUAGAAAUAAAAUUAAAACUAAAGUUGUCUGACA